AUGGGUCAUCCUGAAGAAGUCGAUAUCAUUGUUGCAGGUGGAGGCCCAGCCGGCUGUGUUGUCGCCGGCCGCUUGGCCUACGCCGACCCCAACCUCAAGGUCAUGCUGAUCGAAGCUGGAGCCAAUAAUCGUGAUGACCCUUGGGUCUACAGGCCAGGAAUCUAUGUCCGCAAUAUGCAGCAGAAUGGGGUGAACGACAAGGCUACGUUCUAUACUGACACUAAGGAAUCGUCGUACCUCCGUGGUCGAAGGAGCAUUGUUCCAUGUGCCAACAUUCUGGGUGGAGGCAGUAGCAUUAAUUUCCAGAUGUACACCAGGGCUUCUGCUUCCGAUUGGGACGACUUCAAAACUCCGGGAUGGACUGCGAAAGACCUCCUUCCUUUGAUGAAGCGUCUCGAGAAUUAUCAGAAGCCGACUAACAACGAUAGGCAUGGAUAUGAUGGACCUAUUGCUAUCAGUAAUGGUGGAACUAUCACUGCCCUCGCGCAGGACUUUAUUAGGGCGUCGGAUGCUUUGGGUAUCCCGUUCAGCGACGAUAUUCAGGAUCUGGAUACCAGCCACGCCUCGGAGAUCUGGGCUAAGUAUAUCAAUCGUCACACCGGAAGGCCCUACGUCCACAGCGUCAUGGACGUCCAGAGCAACCUCUACCUCCGCACUAACGCCAAAGUCAAUCGCGUUAUCUUUGAAGGCAACAAGGCUGUGGGCGUUGCAUAUGUUCCCGCUCGCAACAGGGCCAAUGGAGGAAAGCUCCUCGAGACCAUCGUCAAGGCGCGCAAGAUGGUCGUUCUGAGCAGUGGAACUUUGGGAACGCCGCAGAUUCUUGAGAGGUCUGGUGUUGGAGCUGCGCCGUUGUUGAAGCAGUUGGAUAUUAAGGUUGUUAGUGAUCUUCCUGGUGUUGGAGAGGAAUAUCAAGACCACUACACCACGCUCAGUCUCUACCGCGUCUCGAAUGAGAGUGUCACUGCCGAUGACUUCCUUCGUGGUGAUCCAGAGGUUCAGAAGGAGCUGUUCGCCGAAUGGGAGACGAGCCCAGAGAAAGCCAGACUUUCAUCCAACUUCAUCGAUGCAGGCUUCAAGAUCCGUCCUACUGAGGAAGAGCUCAAGGAAAUGGGUCCCGAAUUCAACGCACUCUGGAACAGGUAUUUCAAGGAUAAGCCGGACAAGCCUGUGAUGUUUGGAUCCAUCGUCUCGGGUGCUUAUGCCGAUCAUACCUUGCUUCCUCCCGGGAAGUAUAUUACCAUGUUCCAAUACCUCGAGUAUCCCGCUAGUCGUGGAAAGAUUCACAUCAAAUCCCCAAACCCCUACGUCGAGCCCUUCUUCGACAGCGGCUUCAUGAACAACAAGGCCGACUUUGCGCCUAUCCGAUGGAGCUACAAGAAGACUCGUGAAGUCGCUCGGCGGAUGGACGCCUUCCGCGGUGAAUUGACCUCCCACCAUCCUCGCUUCCACCCUGCUUCUCCAGCGGCUUGCAAGGACAUCGAUAUCCAGACUGCGAAGGAGAUUCUUCCCAACGGCUUGACUGUGGGUAUUCAUAUGGGUACUUGGCACAAACCCGGCGAUCAGUACGACGCUAAGAAGGUCCAUGAUGAGAUCAAGUACAGCAAGGAAGAUGACCAGGCCAUCGACGACUGGAUUGCUGACCACGUCGAGACUACAUGGCACAGUUUGGGUACUUGCGCCAUGAAACCUCGUGAGGAAGGUGGUGUCGUUGACGGUCGUCUCAACGUCUUCGGUACGCAGAACUUGAAGGUUGUCGAUUUGAGUAUCUGCCCGGACAACCUUGGAACCAACACGUACUCCUCCGCUCUCUUGGUUGGCGAGAAGGGUGCAGACCUUAUCGCUGAGGACUUGGGCCUCAAGAUCAGGACUCCCCAUGCUCCUGUUCCUCAUGCCCCCAUUCCUACCGGCAAACCCACCACCCAACUUGUCCGCUGA